UUCUUUUUUUUUUUUUUAAUUGUGGCGCAUCCCGGUCUUGAAUAUCGGAGGUGUUUCAUAAGCGGAGCUCUCCUUACUGCGCUCCACUUUUAAUCAGAUUAAGAACCUUUAAUGUUCAAUCCUGUUUUUCUUCUUCCCUACAGUGUCGGUGCAGGAGUGGCCAAAGCCCAAAAGCAAAGCGAUACAGAUCAGAUUUCAACCCUCAACCAGCUGGGAGAAAGACCGAGAGAGCGAGAGGGAGAGAGGGUUUGUCAGUAUCCCUCCCUCCCAAAUCCAGAAAAGCUUACCAAGGAAAAAAAGGAGGAGUGUCGGUGGGCUGAGAGAGAAGAGAGACGCGAGGAAACCAGAGGAAUUUCCGAGGAUAUUUUCUCGUCUUCUUCUUCUUUUUUUUUUUUUUCUUCUCCCUAUUUGAUAUCCAAAUUUAAAAGUUGAAGGGGAGGCAGCGGGUGAAGGAUGGACGAGCAGCCGCGGUUGAUGCACUCCCACGGGGUAGGCAUGGCCGGACACCCCGGCCUGGCGACGCAUAUGCAGGAUGGCACGGCGGGGACGGACGGAGACGGGAGGAAGCAGGACAUCGGAGACAUAUUACAGCAAAUCAUGACCAUCACAGACCAAAGCUUAGACGAGGCACAGGCGAGGAAACACGCGCUCAACUGCCACAGAAUGAAACCUGCUCUUUUCAACGUCUUGUGUGAAAUAAAGGAGAAAACAGUGCUCAGUAUCCGUGGCGCCCAGGAGGAGGAGCCUCCAGAUCCUCAGCUGAUGCGACUGGACAACAUGCUGCUGGCAGAGGGAGUGGCUGGGCCGGAGAAAGGCGGCGGGUCUGCUGCUGCGGCGGCCGCGGCGGCGGCCACAGGUGGCGUCGGCGCUGACAACUCAGCAGAACACUCUGAUUACAGGGCCAAGCUGUCUCAGAUCAGACAGAUCUAUCACACAGAGCUGGAGAAAUACGAACAGGCGUGCAAUGAGUUCACCACCCAUGUGAUGAACCUGCUGAGGGAGCAGUCUCGAACACGACCCAUCUCGCCCAAAGAGAUCGAGCGCAUGGUCAGCAUCAUCCACCGCAAGUUCAGCUCCAUCCAGAUGCAGCUGAAACAGAGCACCUGCGAGGCCGUCAUGAUCCUGCGCUCACGCUUUCUCGAUGCCAGACGAAAGAGGAGGAACUUCAACAAACAAGCGACAGAGAUUCUAAACGAGUACUUCUACUCCCAUCUGAGUAACCCCUAUCCCAGCGAAGAGGCCAAAGAAGAACUGGCCAAGAAAUGUGGCAUUACCGUGUCACAGGUAUCAAACUGGUUUGGGAACAAGAGAAUCCGAUACAAGAAAAACAUUGGCAAGUUCCAAGAAGAGGCCAACAUGUAUGCGGCGAGGACUGCAGUCAAUGCAACCAGUGUGUCGGCUCACGGCAGCCAGGCCAACUCCCCGUCAACUCCCAACUCAGCAGGUUCUGCUGGCUCUUUUAACAUGUCAAACUCCGGAGACUUGUUCAUGAGUGUGCAGUCCCUCAAUGGGGACUCGUACCAAGGGGGGCAGGUUGGGGCCAACAUACAAUCCCAGGUGGAUACCCUUCGCCAUGUUAUCAGCCAGACCGGAGGAUACAGUGACAGCCUCGCAGCCAGCCAGAUGUACAGUCCACAGGGCAUCAACACAAAUGGUGGCUGGCAAGAUGCUCCGACUCCUUCGUCAGUGACAUCGCCCACAGAAGGACCCGGGAGCGUUCAUUCAGAUACUUCCAACUGAAUAUAUACAUCUCGACACCUCAUCCACAAAGAAAAAACAUGAACUGAUGUUGCUCUUCACAGUAUUAAACAAAGGAAUUCACUGUUUUCACAGCGAGGUCCUGUGAAAUGCUAACCAGAAAAAUAAAAUUGUUUCCUCUGCUUAUAACGUUGGACUUUUGGGAUACAAAAUGAGAAGUUUCACAAUAAAAGUUAAAAUAAAAUUACAAUCAAUGGAAAGUUUGUACAGAUUUCACAUUAUAAUCAGAGGGCUGGGGUUACUUAUUCACGCGUAAUCUUUUCACUCAUUAUGAUGAAAUGAUAAGAUAAAGAAAAUAAAUUAAAUCAUUGGUUUUAACUGAAAAUAUUUCAUUCUACCUCUCAGCCACUAAGAAGAGUAGAAAAAUUGUCAGUGACCAUUAUUUGUUUUUGUAAAAAUGAAACUUUUGUCUUUGCAAGCAAGAGGCACAUCUUCUUACUUACAUUUUGUUGUCUCUCACCUAUUCUAUGGUACGCCAUUUAGACUUAAAUAUUGCUCAGUUGUUUACAAUGUGUGCUUGAUAAAAGUAUGUUCAACUUCCCCCCUCUGUCUCCGACAAGUCAAAACUGAGUUCUGUCAGGAGAUUUUACCUCUAAGGUAACCCUGUGAAGUAUGUUAUCUGUAAAACAAUAAAUAAAUACUUGUCAUCAACUAAGACAAGCUUGAAAUUAUUCAUUAAGAUGCAAGUUACCAACUUAAAUUGUUUUACACAAUGUUGACUUUGAUUCUGCAGCAUAUUGGUAGAAAAGCUGUAACAAAAAAGACAGAUUUGUCAUUACAUUAUUUCUGCAACAGGAGGUCUGACCAUGCCAACAUGCUUAUGUAGCCAAGUCAAAACCAAAAGUGUUUUUGCAUCCUAAUUCAUCAAUAAUUUUCUUUCUCUAAUUCAUCUAAAUUGGCUCUUCUUAAGAAGUACUGGUGUUUUUUUUUUUUUUUUUUUUUGCUUUUUUUUCCUACAAAUAUUAAAAGACAUACAGCUUCCGGCACAGACGAAGGUUUUUCGGAGUAUGUCUGUAACUGGGUCCUCAAUCCAUGAAGCCACAGUUCACAGAAAGAGGGACCGUAUUGUGUUAACAGUUUUACAUCCUAAAACUGGAUGUUUGAUCCUGAAUCUUCAGUGCAGACCCAGAGAGACUUGACACAUGAGGGCACUGAUGUUCAUAUGAAAGAUGCAUGUUAGAAACCUGAACUACUGUUCAACUGGAGGACAAUUCAAUCUGAAGAUGACAUGUUUUUGAACUGUGCCCUUUCUAGAACAUUUAUUUACACAUAAAUCAACAUAUGACUCAACUGACACCAAAAAAAAAAAUAUGUAGUUCAUAUUUGUCUCAGUACUAUCAGGCUGGUUUUGUCAGUAUCAAACAUUUAUGAACAAAAGUUAAACAUGAAGCACUCAAGACGGACAAGAUAUUAUGUCAAAUGUUUAGUUUUGUGCAGUCUAACUUACUUUAUAUUUUUUUGCAUUGUGUGGCUUAUGUGCUUUUGUGUGUGUGUUUUUUUAUUUUUAAUACUUAAUGUAAGCUACUUUUCUUUCUUUUUUUUUCAACUAUUCUUGUGAAUUAACUCAUAAUUUUUUAACAUGUGUUUUUGUGCACCUUUGUGCUUUACUUGCAUUGUUUGAAGGGUUUUCAACGCAUUAAAAUUAUAUGUAAUACAGUGCAGUCAUCAGUAUAUCCGAGUUUCUUUAAAUAUCUGGCUUUUGAGGGAGAGUAGACUAAAUUAUAUUCAUCGGUGUUGUGGUGGAAAUCAUAGUCACGGCUGUGAAAGCUGAAAGGCAAGCAAGGUUAGUCAGAUAGCAGACAUGCCCCUUUAGAUCACUCCUCAC